AUGCAACAACUCUUGAAAUUGUUGGAUGAUAACAGUUAUGUGUCUAGGUACCGAAUGUGCGAGGAUGAAAUUACCGUUAGAGAUAUAUUUUGGAGUUAUCCUAAUUCCAUAAAUUUGUUCAACAUGUUUCCUACAGUGUUUAUACUUGAUUCAACCCACAAGACCAACAACUAUAGACUUCUUUUAUUGAAGAUUGUUGGUGUUACCUCAAUUAAGAAGACAUAUUUUGCUGGGUAUCACAUAACAAAGAAUGUGAGAAAAUCACCUCCGCCUCCGCCAAAGAUUACAUUCAUUGAUAAGGUGCAGUUUUUUAUGCACAAAUAUAUCAAGCAGAUCGUUAAUGUUGAGGGGGACGAUAAUUGCGGUUACCGAGCCAUUUUGGCUUUACUCGGUAAAGGAGAAGAUAGACAUACACUUGUCCGCCAUCAACUUAUCCAAGAGUUGAAGACGCAUAAAGAAUCAUAUCCAUGGUUGUACAAAAAGAAAGAAAACUCCGGCAACGUUUAUGAGUCUCUUGUUCCUUGCCUUAGAGGUCCGACACCAGAGGAAAAAUGGAUGCACUUCUCUGACAUGGGUCACCUAAUAGCAUGUGCGCAUGAUAGAUUGUGUAUUAAUUUGACACAAUACUAUUUUCUGGAAACCUUUUUCCUAAUGUGCACCGCCUCAUCUCAAAAUCCAAAUGAUCGUAUUAUGUGUAUUGGGUAG